CUUUAAGCCUUUUCUCUCAACUCCUCCCCAGCUGUUUUUCUCCGAGGUUCUUCCGUGAUUAACCCAAAUCGUGAGAAAGUACAACAGUCCAGAUAAUCAGGACGUCUCAUCACCCUCGGGCUCUCCGCAACUCACGCCGGACCAUAGAAAGGAACAAAAUCUAGCUCUGGCCUCUCCUGCACUGGGCUGCGAGGAACAAGAGCUUAAGAACCGGCUCCGGCUCCCUCGCUGUCCUCAGGCUUCCUCCUCUGGCGCCCUCAGCCGGCCGCACCAGACGCUGGGACCUACAAGCGUCUCAUUCCGCUUCGUUCUACCUCGGGAGAAAGGGCGGGUCCGGCGGGUUCGCCGUCCCUCCGGGCGGCCGGUAGCUUCCGCUCCCCCACCCCAGCACCCCGACUGCACAGGGUGCGGAUGAAGUUAGGCAGCCUCAGGCCAAAAAGACCGGGAUAGAGGGCGAAAGAAGGAGCCCACCGCCCUCAGCUGCUAUCUCCGGGCUCGGCCUCCGAAUCCAGCCCCGGACCGAGGGUCCAGCCUCUCCUCCCAGCCAGUGACCGAACCUCCGCGCCCCCGGGGUCCCUUCAGGAGCCCGGGUCUGCCUCAGGCCCCUGCGCCAGGGCGGGGAGAGUUAAUUCUACCGUAACUGCUCCAGGGAAUACUGGGGGGCCGGUCGCCCUGGACGCCGCCCAUUGGCCAGAAAGCCGGCUCGACGCUGAUUGGCCGAGGCUCCUGGCUGCAGCUCUGCCAGGAUCCUGAUUGGCGCCGCGCUCCAGCGACAGGAGCGUGGCGGCCUGAUCUUCGCAGGCACCCGGGUUGGAGGUGCUCCGGGCUCGCGAAGCAACCUUGGGACACUCGUCACAGGCCGGGACCCCGCUUGCCUUCCAUCCAGCUGUCGUUGCUGUCGCAGGGACACCCCGGAUCUUUUCCCGGAUCCCUCGCCUCCUGUGGUUUUCUUUCUCCUGCCUCUCUGGCUUCUCUCUCCCAGCUCGUUUCCCCUCUCUAUUCCCCGCCCCGUAGCCUGUCAGGAUCCCACCUGCCAGCUCCUGACUUCUGCUGCUGCUUGAUCUCAAACCCUUCGGCCAACAGCCCUGCCAUAACCUUCUUACAGACUGUCCUGCCCGCAUCUUCUCUCUUUGCCAAGUCCCGACUCCCAGAUUCCAGCUCACCCUUGACUUCGUGACAUUUGACCCUGACGCUCGAUUCUACAGCUCUAAAUUCCUACUUCUUGCAGCCUGGACUGCAGAAGCUGAGGUCCUCCCCUGAUUUCCAACCCGCUGUUCUGAGGCUACUGCUGUCUCACCAUGGACUUCUUGAUGAGUGGUGUGGCAGCCUGCGGGGCUUGUGUGUUCACCAAUCCCCUGGAGGUUGUGAAGACCAGGAUGCAAUUGCAGGGAGAACUGAAAGCCCCGGGCACCUACCAGCGGCACUACCGAAACGUCUUCCAUGCCUUCUUCACCAUUGGCCGGGUGGAUGGCCUGGCUGCCCUGCAGAAGGGCCUGGCCCCUGCGCUUUUGUACCAGUUCCUGAUGAAUGGCAUCCGACUGGGCACCUACGGGCUGGCCGAUUCUAGUGGCUACCUGCAUACGACAGAAGGCACCCUCAGUCCUGUCCGCAGUGCUGCAACUGGGGCCCUGGCUGGGGUCAUGGGAGCCUAUUUGGGAAGCCCCAUCUACAUGGUGAAGACACACCUCCAGGCACAAGCGGCUUCUGAAAUUGCCGUAGGGCACCAGUAUAGGCAUCAGGGCAUGUUUCAGGCGUUAACUGAGAUUGGCCAGAAACAUGGACUGGUCGGGUUGUGGCGAGGGGCCCUGGGCAGUCUGCCCCGAGUUGCCGUCGGCUCUUCCACCCAGCUCUGCACCUUCUCUUCCACCAAGGACCUCCUGAGCCAGUGGGAGAUCUUUCCUCCCCAGAGCUGGAAGGUGGCUCUGGCAGCUGCCAUGGUGAGUGGCAUCGCAGUAGUCCUGGCCAUGACCCCGUUUGAUGUAGCCAGCACAAGGCUCUAUAACCAGCCCACAGAUGUUCAGGGCAAGGGCCUCAUGUACCGGGGGAUCCUGGACGCUCUGCUGCAGACUGCUCGGACAGAGGGCAUUUUUGGCAUGUACAAGGGUAUAGGUGCCUCCUACUUCCGUCUCGGCCCCCACACCAUCCUCUCCCUCUUCUUUUGGGAUCAGCUUCGCUUCCUCUACCACACAUACACGAAAUAACAGCCUCCUCCCCACACUCCACCAGCACUUCUGCCUCCUACUAUAGCUUGGAGGCUACUGACCAUGUUACUUGUCAUUGAAGGGGACAGCCAACCCCACUGCCCCAUCUGUUCUCUCAGGGUUGCCUCACUACAAGCAGUAGUUUCUCUCCGUCCCUUAGACAUUGCUCUCACAUUUCCACCACCCUUGUACACUCCACACCCUUGUACACUCGGCACCCUUGUACAUUCGGCACCCUUGUACACUCCUCUCUCUCAGGGCUGAACCACUCACUCCAAAGCAUAUUUUCGCCCUCUUUAUUGCCAGCGUUGGGUCCCUAAUGCUCCCAUGUGAACAGCUUUAAACUUCCCCGUCCAAAGCCAAAGGGAAUUGGGGGAACCCAGGUGUCUUAUGAUUCAAAGGCAUAGAAAUUACAUUGGUUAUAAAGUAAGUUUAUUUCUGCA